UCCAUCUCAGCCCCAAGGGCAGAGUCGAUCAGCGUUAUAUAAAUUCAAGAUUCGUAAGCUGGUUGUUAGUUCUCUUGCUGAAAAAGUAAGAGAGAGAGAGUGGGAGACUACACAACUUGUAAGAAUUAAACAGUCUAAGAUGAAAUUACUGGCAACCUUGUCGUUGCUGUUGAUUGCAACACAUGCGGCAGUAGGAGAGAAUACCUACUCCAUUUUCCUGCCUAAAUAUGUUCGACCAAUGACACCAUUUGCCUUCGACGUUGAGAUAAUCAAGAGCGAAAAUCCCGUACGAGUAACCGCCACUUUAGUUUCUGAGGAUUCUACUUUCGACGUAUCGCAGAUAACGGUCAUCAACAGCGGUUCAAGCCAAAGAGUUGUCAUACAACCGGUUCCCGCUGACUAUGACGGACCUACAGAUUUCUAUUUUUCGAUCCAUGGUGAAGACACAGUUACUGGUGAAACCUUGUUCCAAAACAAAACUAAGAAGAACGAUAUCAGCUUCCAGAAGAAAUUUGUUUCUAUUUUCAUUCAAACUGAUAAAGCUAUUUAUCAACCAGGACAUACAAUCAAAUUCCGUGGAGUCGUCACCACACCCGACCUCACUCCACUUAUGAACGCCGACGGUACAACUCCGACUGUGACAUACAAACUCGCCGAUCCGAUGAACAAUGUUAUUUUGAUGGAAAGUGACGUCGCAUUGAGUAACGGAGUUGCGGGUUCAGAGUUCAAACUGGGAAGAUACGCAACACUUGGUGAUUGGAGAAUUACCUAUAAAGUUUACGGGUAUGAAGAGAGCAUCACAGUAUCAGUAGAAGAAUACAAACUGCCAAAGUUCAAAGUUGAAAUUAAAACUGAUCAGAGUUUCUUGCACCCUGGAUCCAUGAAACUUACCGGAGAGGUUGAAGCUUUGUUCACCUUUGGACAACCAGUGAAAGGAAGCGGCAGAAUUGAAUUCACAAUUGAUAGAUGGGUACCACGCGGACAAAAACCGAACAUGAUUCUGGAGAAAUUUGCGGAUUUCGACGGAACAGCUCCAUUCUCCGUCAAUGCAUCUGAUAUUGAGAAAAUCUUGAAAUGGAAUCCCAAAUAUAGUUCGAGUCCGCUCAAAAUAACCGCGUUCGUCAAAGACAAAAAUACAGGAGACGAAUUCAAUGCUACAACGUCUGUUGACCUUCACAGUAAGCGAAUGAAAGUCGAGGCGAUUGCAAAACCUGAAUUCAUCAAAGCUGGACUUCCAUACGUGGCAUACUUAAAAGUAUCAGAACAAGAUGGAACUCUACUUUCUGAAGAUGACAGAGAGGACCUGGAUAUGAUUAUUAAUGUUGAAUAUACUUAUCGAUGGAACUGGCGACCAUUCGGAGGAAAUUCAGAUGGAAGACGAGAACCGAAAAAAAUGUCGGUUCCUUUACAAGUAGGAAAGGACGGGAUUGCUAUGUUCAAGAUCACAGCCGAUGCGAGCGACUUCCAACGUGUAAACUUCCAGGUCAAAAUCCUCUCUUACCCAAACAAAGACGAAUACUGGACAAGUUGGGGAGCGGACCCGUUCAAAUCGCCGUCAAAUACAUUCAUCCAAGUUUCUACUGAUGAUACUACAUUGACCGUAGGCGACAAAGCCAGCUUGACUAUUUACACCACAGAAGAGGCGGACAGUUAUAGAUUUACGAUCCUAGCCAGAGGAAAACUGCUCAAGCAAGAGCUUUACACUCCAGCAGAAUACGUGAAAGAAACCGACAGUUCUAAAUUCAGUUACAUGUUUGACGUCACCAAAGAUAUGUCACCAAAUGUUUACGUCAUUGUAUCAUUCAUUCGUUCCGACGGUGAAAUUGUUGCCGACAGCGUGAAAAUUACAGUCCAAGCUACUCUCGAAAACAAGGUUACCAUGACAACAAGUACUGCUAAAACCGACGCAGGGAUGCCAGUUAGUAUUACAGUUAACGCAGCAGCAGGAUCUUUCGUAGGUCUGAGAGCAAUUGAUCAAAGUGUUUUACUGCUCAAAUCUGGCAACGAUAUCACCAAAGACAAGAUUUUCCAAGACUUGGAUAAAUAUGGAGCUUCAAGCGGUUCCAUUGGAUGGGGCGGCGGAUGGGGCAGAUGGUGGUGGCCAUACCCCAUAGGAGGUGCUGAUGUUAGUGAAGUAUUUGAUAACUCCGGAAUCCUUGUUCUUACCGAUGCUCUCGUCUAUUCAAGCAAGCCGGACUUUCCAAUGCAUCCAUGGAUGCUUUUCCGCCUCGGAGGCCCUGGACCGGAAUCGGCAAUGGCGAUGGCGGGACAGCCUGGUAUGGCGGGACAGCCUGGUAUGGCGGGACAGCCUGCGCCACCACCUUCCCAACCUGGACAACCUGGAGGGUCUCAGCCAACUAAAGCUCGGAGCUACUUCCCAGAAUCUUGGAUUUGGACAGAGGAGCUUGUGGGGGACGAUGGUUCGACAACUUUUACCUACAACACGCCCGAUACAAUCACUACCUGGGAGCUCAGUAGUUUUGCUGUUUCUGACAAGAAAGGUCUUGGAGUCACUGAUGAAACAUCAAAGAUCACAGUCUUCCGCAACUUCUUCAUCUCCCUGAAUCUUCCUCCAACCAUGAUCAGAGGAGAAACACUGAAUAUGAAGACGACCCUCUUCAACUACUUUGAUGAUGAGCUUACAGUCACUCUGACUCUUAAAGAAAAUGAAUGGUAUGACCUUGUUAUCCCUGGGGAUGACCCAAUCGCUGCUGGACCAAUCAGAACGGUGACAAUCCCAAGCAAAGAUUCAGUAACCGUUGUUUUCCCGAUAACAUUCAAAAAAGUUGGAACAGCAAGAAUCUCAGUCUCAGCAACAUCACCAAGAGCUGGAGAUGCAGUUGAAAGAACUAUGGUUGUCAAACCUGAAGGAAUUCAGAAGAUUGAAUCUCACAGUAGUAUCAUUGAUAAAGAAACAGACGACGGUGUUCCUGAAUCAGUGACUUUCAAUGUCAACAUUCCUGAAGAUGCCGUGGAAGGGUCAGCUCGUGUUAAGUUCUCUGUCUCAGGCAACAUUCUUGGAAGCGCUCUCAGUAAUCUCGGAAACUUGUUACAAAUGCCGAGCGGAUGUGGCGAACAAACUAUGGUCGGCUUCGCACCUGAUGUUUAUAUCAGUUUGUAUCUGAAGAAAGUUGGUGAAUUGGAAGGAAAAAUCAAACAAAAAUCAGAAUCUCAUAUCAGAGAAGGAUACACUAAUGAAUUGAGAUACCAACGAGAUGACGGCUCAUUUAGUGCAUUUGGUUCAGAAGAUCGUUCUGGCAGUACAUGGUUGACCGCAUUUGUUGCAAAAUGUUUCAUAGCGGCUAAAGAACUCAAUAGUGACCUUAUCGAAGAGUCAAAGGUCAACCGAGCCAUCAACUUCAUUCUCAAACAACAGAAUAAAGACGGAACAUUCAAUGAACCAGGAAGAGUUAUUCACAAGGAUAUGCAGGGUGGAGUGGACAGCAAAGAAACAUUGUCCUCGUAUAUGCUGAUUGCCUUGUCUGAAGGAAAUUGGAAAAAGAAUGAAGAUGUGGAAGCUGCAAUGAAGAAGACUCAAACUUAUUUGGAAUCCAGAAUUGAAUCAGUCCGAGAUCUCUACACUCUGUCUAUCAUGGGAUAUGCCCUGUCUCUUGUUGAAAGCAUUGAAGCUCCAAAGAUAUUGAACAUCAUUGACAGCAUGUCAACUGUAAAAGCCAACAUGAAAUUCUGGGAGAAAAAGACAACUGGAAUGUCAAAAUGUGAAGCAAGGAAAGAAUAUUGUCCGAUGGAUGAUGAUAAACCAAGCACAGCGUCUAUUGAAACUACGGCAUACGUUCUGUUGACUUAUGUAAAGAUGGGACGAGAAGACAUCAUGCCUAUUGUUAGAUGGCUCGUUGAACAACGUGGUGCAUUUGGAGGAUACCAUUCCACACAGGAUACUGUUAUGGCAAUCCAAGCUCUUUCAACAGUAGCCGGAUUAUUCUCUGAACGUACAAUGAAUCUCGAUAUCAAAGUAACUCACAGCGGAGAUAAAAAUUUCGAGGAAACUUUCCAACUCUCAGACAGCAAUCAAAUCGUAUUGCAAAUGGCUCAGCUUCCUGCAGUAUCAGGAGAUGUUAUAAUUGAAGCCAGUGGACAAGGAUUUGGUGACGUACAAGUCACUGUUUGGUAUAACCUGCCUGUCGGUCCAAGAAGUGACGAUCCGUUCAUUGUAGAAGUCGAUGUUAAAGAACAAUACCAAGGAGAAAUUGUCAACUUACAAGUUUGUUCAAGAAUCAAUGAAGAUCGUACAGAAGUUGUCGAGGGCACUGGAAUGUUUGUGAUAACAGCAGCGCUGCCUAGUGGAUACACAAUUGACGACAAAGAAGCAACGAGAGAAAAUCGUCAAUUGAAACUUGUUGAACUCGAUGGAGAUCAAAUCACAGGAUAUUUUGAUGAGCUCCCUAAAGGCCGAACCAUCUGUAUGUUAUUAAAGCUUCGUCGUUAUGCUGAGGUAACUGGAGUCAAACCACAACUAAUAGAAGUCAUGGAUUAUUAUGAGCCAGCUAAAAAAGCAACAGCUAUGUACGCACCCCCAGAAGAAGACGGUGGCAAUGUCUGUGCAAUGUGUGGAGAAGCAUGUGUUGGAUGCCCACCAAAACCGAAAUCGAAGCCAGUUGCUCGAGAAUUUAUCGGAAAAUCAUAUUGUCGAAAUAUAAAAUUCCCUUGUCCAGAUUUCAUUGAUGGUCUCUACUAUGACACCGGUUCCCAUAUCUACAAAAUGAUGAUGAAAUAUCCCAAUGAUUCAAAAUGUGCUGCACCAAAUGAUGCCGAAAACUCACAAAAAUAUAUGGGUCUUCCAGGAACUCUUUUCAAUGGAGUCAACCAGUACAUUGAAUGUGGAAAGACAGACUAUUUUGAAAAAAUGCUUUCUGGCAGCGAAGGAUUUACUAUUUCAAUCUUAGUUUAUCCAACUGAGCUCAACAAGCCGAAAUUUUAUGUUGUAUACUCAUUUGCAGGACGAAAAGGAACGAAGCCAACUGUUAUAUUUGCAAAACGACCAAGAGUUGAUCAAUAUUGGCUCAAGAUAAGGCUUAAUGGAUAUGAGUACAUGGUCCGAUCCAUCUAUACUUACGAUAUCCCACUAAACGAAUGGACAUUGAUAACGGCAAGAUUGAAUGGAGAAAAGAGUGCCGAUUUGUUUAUCAAUGGAAUCAAGAUGGGAAAGACCACUAGGAAUGAGCGAACUAACCAACCGAUGAUAUCUGAUAUCACACUCAAGAUAGGACGAUCUCACAUUGGAGGAGGGAGAAAUAGAGGUAACUGGAAGGGACUUGUUUCAUCUUUGGACAUGUGGUCCAAACCUUUGACUGACGAGCAGAUAAUGGAGCUCUACAAUUAUUAUGACCCAGUUAUGUCCUCAUCGAACCCCAUGCUCAGAAAAUCCCGUGUCCAUCAUGUGGUACCUAUGUCGAUCCGGCACUGUUUUACAAGAUCAUAUGGAGCAUCUGAUUUAAAGAGUAGAAGUGGUCAACUCCGUACUAGCUGUGAUGAGCCAAACGGAGAGAAAAAUAUGGGCCCUCCAGUGGAUCUUGGAGGAAUCGGGAUUCUGGCACCACCUCCUGUUAUUGUAGACGCCCCUAUGCCAGGACCUGAGAUUAUGGCUGCUCAACCGGUUGAUCAACCUCAACCUCCUGGAAUGAUGAUGCCAUAAAUAAGCUAAUCUGAUAAUCAAAAAUAAAAUAAUGACGAUUUGGACAUUGCAGUACAUUUUAUUCUGAAUUUUCAACACACAAAAAAUAAAAAUCUGAUAACUCAGCAAAUAAUAGACAACCUUAU